AAAACUCUCGGCAUUGUGAAUAGCAUUUCCACAAUUCAUUGAAAAAAGGCAACGCUUUGGGGUUAUGACUGUAACUUACAUGAUCCCAUUUCCGCCUGGCGAUCAAAUUGUAAUGGAUUGGGACCACAAGCUGGACAUGUCGCUCUUCCUGCCCGUGGGCAUGCUCGUCAUAGUUAUUCUCUAUAUGCUAUACAAGGGCUGGGAGCAGAUGGCGCCAAUGAUGGCAUCGCCGGUUGAAGAGCCCAUAAUGCAAUUGCAGCAGCAUUGGCGCUUGGAUGAGCAGGCACGCGAGGCAUACAAGAGCUACAUCUUCCGACGCUGUCUGGCCCAAUUGGAUGCAGCGCUGAGCUUGCGCCCAGCCCCAGGUGAGGAACUAAAUGCUUGCAUGCGUGCCCGGCUAGAUGCGGAGCAGGCGGUGCGUUUAUUUUGCGUGGAAAUGCGCAAGGUAUUGCAUCCGGAGCAGCAGCUGGAUGAGCUGGUGGCUAAUGGGCAUGGGUUUUAUGUACCCGCCGAGCAGCAGGCGCAGCUUGCUGACCUCGGCUAUGGCAAUUUGCAUGUGGAGUUAAGCGAUGAAUUCCUAGAAAGUCUUGUCAAUCCCAAAUGCGCCCACAAUGAAGACAACAAAUGCAAAUAAGAAACAAAUUAAGUUUUCUAAAAUUAUGUGCUAUGUGCUGUGAGUUUUUCUGGCAAAAAAUCAAACGGAAAUUCAUGUUAACAACAGAAAAAAGAAUUUAAUGGAAGUAAAUAAUGUAAAUAAAUU